CUCUCGAUCUCUCUGCAUUCAUUCCUUCAGUCUGGAGAUGGAGAAGAAAAGCAGUUCCAGCAGGAAAACUCUGAAGAACUUGUUUUCUCGGAGUGAAGUGAACCUGUCGGAGCCCGAGCCCAAGACUGACAGCAGUAGAGGAUCUCUCAGACUCUUCAAGUGGAAGAAGAAGAAGAAAAAUGAGAGCUCAGAGGACAAUCCAAACACUGACAGAGCUGAAUCUGCUGAUGGAGAGAUUCAGGAUGGAGAAGAGCAGAAUAAACACAAGACGGCUCUGUUCGGCAGGUCAAAGAAAGGGAUGCGGAGCUACUCUGAGACGGACCUUCGUAAACCCAAGGGCUUCAUUGCAUCCCUGACCUGGAAGAAGAAGAAGAAGAAGAACAGAGAUCAGUUACAGGAUCUUACAAGCAAUAGUGACAUUUCAGGAGUGAAAAAUCACAUCAGUGAACAGGAAGAAUUUGACAACCGGGAAGAAACUGAACAAACCCAGGUUUGUUUUGAGGCGGUCAGGUCUACGCCAGAAUCUCCCAGUGCUUCUGACCAAUCCCAGUCCCAUCAUGUGCUGAGCAACCAGUCUACACUCAGUGAAGUGGAUGCAGGUUUCAUGCCUACAGAUCAGGAGAGUAAAGCAAUACCAUAUAUCGACUCUUCUGAUAGUGAUGCUUACCACACCCCCCCUGAUAGUCCAAACAUCUCAUCUGAUGCCAAAUCUCAACCCGAUACCCAGUAUGGAAAACUAUCUGCUCAGAAUUCCAUCACUUCAGAGACUUCAGAGUAUUACAUCUGUCCUGUUACUGAUAUGAAAACCGCAGCACGUACUGAAACAUCGACAGUUCGUAGUUCACAGGACAAUGUUGUUUCUCAGAAAAAGUCACACUUGGAACACGGAGAAUACAGUAAUGCAACAUCUGUUACACAGGAGAGUUGCAUCCCCAGACCUGAGCGCUCAAACUCUUUGUCCAUUCCCAAAAGUUCUGUCUUUUCCAUCCCUGAGAAUUCCUUCUCUUCUGAUCCCCAAAUUUCCACCUCUUCCAUCCCUCAGAGUUCCUCCACUUCUGAUCCCCAAAUUUCCUCCUCAUCCAUCCCUGAGAGUUCCUCCACUUCUGAUCCCCAAAUUUCCUCCUCAUCCAUCCCUGAGAGCUCCUCCACUUCUGAUCCCCAAAUUUCCUCCUCUUCCAUCCCUCAGAGUUCUACUUCUGUUCCCCAAAUUUCCACCUCUUUAAUUCCUGAGAGUUCCUUCUCUUCUGAUCCCCAAAUUUCCACCUCUUUAAUUCCUGAGAGUUCCUUCUCUUCUGAUCCCCAAAUUUCCACCUCUUUAAUUCCUGAGAGUUCCUCCACUUCUGAUCCCCAAAAUUCCUCCUCUUCCAUCCCUCAGAGUUCUACUUCUGUUCCCCAAAUUUCCACCUCUUUAAUUCCUGAGAGUUCCUUCUCUUCUGAUCCCCAAAUUUCCACCUCUUUAAUUCCUGAGAGUUCCUUCUCUUCUGAUCCCCAAAUUUCCACCUCAUCCAUCCCUCAGAGUUUCUCCACUUCUGUUCCCCAAAUUUCCUCCUCUUCCAUCCCUCAGAGUUCUACUUCUGUUCCCCAAAUUUCCACCUCUUUAAUUCCUGAGAGUUCCUUCUCUUCUGAUCCCCAAAUUUCCACCUCUUUAAUUCCUGAGAGUUCCUCCACUUCUGAUCCCCAAAAUUCCUCCUCUUCCAUCCCUCAGAGUUCUACCUCUGUUCCCCAAAUUUCCACCUCUUUAAUUCCUGAGAGUUCCUUCUCUUCUGAUGCCCAAAUUUCCACCUCUUUAAUUCCUGAGAGUUCCUCCACUUCUGAUCCCCAAAUUUCCACCUCAUCCAUCCCUCAGAGUUUCUCCACUUCUGUUCCCCAAAUUUCCACCUCUUCAAUCCCUCAGAGUUUCUCCACUUCUGUUCCCCAAAUUUCCACCUCUUCAAUCCCUCAGGGUUCCUCCUCUUCUGAUCCCAAAAUUUCCACAUCUUCAGCCCCUGAAAAUUUCUCCUCUUUUGUUCCUCAAAUUCCCACGUCUUCAGUCCCUCAGUGUUCCUCAACUUCUGUUCCCCAAAUUUCCCUCUCAUCCAUCCCUCAAGUUUCCUCCACUUCUGUUUACCAAAUGUCCACCUCUUCCAUCCCUCAGAGUUACACCUCUUCUGUUCCCCAAAGAUCCACUCCCUCAGUCCAUGAAAGUGUCUCUUCUUACAUACCUCAAAGUUCCACCUCUACCAUACAGGAUGGUUUCAACUCAGAUAGUACCAUGACCAAGAGUUCCAGCACAAACACAAAUUCUGCCUUUAACCUUCCUAAAGGCUCCAUCAGUCAUCCAGCUCACAUCAUAUCUACUGAGGCAGAAGAUUCUCAAACCACCUCUGCAAGUAUCAGAAACGAGUCUUUCAGCGACAGUGAUGUAGUCAACACUGACCCAUGCAGUGCCACUGCAGACAUCUGUAAAUCAGAGAUUGUUUCCUCAAUGCCAUAUGUGAUUGUGUCCAGCACUCUGUCCUCCUCCAGAAUAACAGAAAAGAAAAUGGAAACUGAUAGAAAACCAUCUUAUUCCAAUACCAAUGUUUCCGAAAGUGACUUUACUGUACAGUCUACAUCUGAUUCAGGCUCACUAGAUGAAACUUACCCUGAGAGUAAUUGUGGGACCAUUUCAAAGGAAUCUCAUGCAACAGCUAAUUAUUCUUCUUUAGCAUGUGCCACUGACUCAGAGAAACGCAACCCUGCUCAACCUGUCCUUCCUGAGAAUGAGUUGAAUAUACCUUUAUCAUCAGCAAGAACAUACACUAUCAUUAAGUCAACCAAAAUAGUCACCUUUGACCUUCCAGGUCCCUCAGACCACAUCAGCUUUGACCAUUCCCCCAGAUCUCUCUAUAACAAUGAGCCUGAUUCAGAUGUGGAAACUCUGAUUGAAAUAUUAGACCAUGAGGGUCAGGACAAUAACCAAACUGAUACUGACAGCUCUGCAAAAGCAUCCUCAGGUUUCCCAAACCAUACCAACUCCAGCAUGUCUUUGACCUCUUAUCCUCCCCUUCAUUUAGAUGUUUCAGACCAGAUGUUCAGCUCUCUGUCCCCAAAGGCAAAGACCAUGAAACAACAGAAAACAUCCAGAGCAUGUGAAGAUCAAGAGGAAUAUCUUCAAGAUGCAUCAACUCAAAGAUUGGAAUCUAUUGAUCGAAUAUAUCAGAAUCCAUCCAAUACAGAAAUCAUGGAAGCCACGAAACUUCACAAGGCUUUGGAAAAAGUUGCAAUGGUUGAAAAGAAAAAUGAUGAAUUGCAUGUGGAGACUGGGCAACUGAAAACAUCCAGACCAUAUGAAGAUUGUGAGGGAUAUGCCCAAGAGGCAUCAACUCAAAGUUUGGAUUCUAUUGAUCAAAUAAAUCUGAAUAAAUCCAAUGCAGAAAUUAAAGAAGCCACUAAACUUCACAAAGCUUUGGAAAAGGUUGCAGUGAUCGAAAAGAAGAGAGAUGAAUUAUACACGGAGACUGAGAAACAACAGAAAACAUUCGAGGCAUAUGACGAUCGAGAGGUAUAUGCUCAAGAUGCAUCAACUCAAAGAUUUAUUGAGAGGUCUGUUGACCAGAAUACAUCCAAUGCAGAAAUCACAGAAUCCACGAAACUUCUCAAGGCUUUGGAAAAGGUUGCAAUGGUCGAAAAGAAGAGAGAUGAAUUAUACACAGAGACUGAGAAACAACAGAAAACAUUUGAGGCAUAUGACGAUCGAGAGGUAUAUGCUCAAGAUGCAUCAACUCAAGGAUUGGGUUCUAUUGAUCAAAUAAAUCAGAAUAAAUCCAAUGCAGAGAGGACGACCACUAGAAAUGAUGCAACAUCCAUUCAAGACACUGAAUCAAAGCAAAUCCUUGAAGCCAUAAAACUUCACAAGGUUUCAGAAGAUUCUCCAAUGGUCGAAAAGAAGAGAGAUGAAUCGCACAUGGACCAAAUCUCAUCCGCAGUGAAAGCAGAGGCAUGCGGAGGAGCUGGAGUGUUGACAGGUCAAGCAGAGCCUCAGAUUCCCAGUCUUUCCACACCAAAACCAGCAAUACCAGUCCAUCAGGAACAUGUGCCUGAAGAAUGCACUCCGGCCCCUCCCUUCUCAGAGCUGCUCAAGGUGUCACUUACAGAUUCAAGCAUGCAACCAGAAAGUCACCUGGAGAAUCUGCCACUCCCAUUGGCUUUGCACCAGUCUAGAACAGAGAUAACAAUCCUGGAGGACACGGCAGGGUGCAAACACCACUCGAGCACUGAUAAGAAUACACACAGCGGCUAUAUAGACACACUAUCGAGAACACUGGGUAGUGAAAGUCAAGAUUGUAGCAUUGAGGAGCUCUCCAGUGCUUACAGUACAAAGCAGACAUUCACACACUCCAAUGACAGUAAACAGGAGGAGGUGAAGGCGGACGGAGAUAAAAUCACUCAUUUGAGCUGGAAUCAGAUCAGUGAAAGCACAUCAGACGAUACAAAGAUAAAGAAAGAUACUGAUGUCUUGGCUGAUCAAACAGCUUCAGACUGUUUAACACCUGCUGAAAGGAUCGUUCAUGCAACUGUUCUCAGUACAGUGAUUGAGCAUAAUCAAGUAUUGAAUACAGACAUGAACUCUGGAGUCUCAGUGUUAAACACGAAACUCAAUCCACCGUCGUCACCUCGAGAUGGCAGAGACGAUGGUGUGGUUUUCCGGAAAGUUUCUCUGGUUAAAAAUGAGCUUCCAGAGCCGAGCAGAGCCAGUCCCGAGCUUCAGAGACGCUUUCAAGCCCUCCAGGACAAAACCGAGCGUUCAGAUUACACCCACAGCUAUGAAAACGCAGUCUACACCUCUCAUUUCCACUCUCCGGAGACUGAAGUUACACAUUACAGUGGCGGGAGGGGCCGGGAGGAGCUUAGUUUACCUGGAGAACAACUGCAGAUCAUACAAACACACGCUCAGUGUGAUCCAGAGCCUGCUCUGUUCAUCGUGGAGGCUGAUGAUUCUGAUGUUUUCCAGGCGAUGCGGGUAGAGCUGCACCAUUCACCAACCUCUACUGAACCUCCAUUACUCAGCUCAGAAAUGGAUAAUCUAGUGGAUACUCUUAAGAGUAUGGAUCGACCGCUACGCCAAAGAGUUCAGCGCACGCCAUCUAACGCUCCAUUCUCUUCACUGCCACCUAUAGAAGAAGAUGCUCCAGUUUCACCCUCUAUCACACAUCUAUCUCCUCCAUUCUCACCUGUUAAUGAGCCCAAAACCAUGCUAAACGGAAGCUCGGGGCUUGAUUUUGGUUUUAAUUGGAGCUCUGCUAAGGAUAUGCGUUCUCCACUGACUAUGAUGAAGGAGCAGCAGUUUGGAGAUGCACAGAAUCGUGGGCUUUCUCUUCCACUUCGUGCUUCGGCUCUGAGUAGUAUUGUAAUGCGCAGGAGUUCUCUGAAUGAUCUCAGUCCUGAAGACGGCUCUGCUAAAACGCUAAUAAACGGCGCUAGCUCCUCCUCACGGCUAGAAAACAGCUUCUUUUUUCAGCCAUCAGAGAACGGUGCUUCGAAUCGCUCCAUUUUUCGUGCAGCAUCUCUUCCUGAUAUCGGUUCUGGAGCAGAUCGGAUCAGCUCCGCAGCUAAGAGUUCCGAGUCUUUGGUUGGAUCUCGAUUUGAACGCUUCUCGUAUCUCACGUCUCCAUCGAACUCUCUGAGCGGGAUUGCUGAAGCUUCCAGAAUCAGUGUUGCUCCGUUUGCACAGACUCAGUCGGCGGAGAGCCAAAGCUUCAGUCAUAAGUCCACAUCUGAGCUGUACCGCUCUCUGCCGUCUGAAACGCUCCUCAAGAGUCCUCCGUCUCUGAGUCUCCAGCGCAGCAGCAGUCUUGACGGAGGGUUUUUAAUUAAUGACAACUUACAAGUCAACCAGAAGCUGGAGCCGGAGCCAGAGAGGAACUUACUGCUCAAAUACAGAGCCUUCCCUGAUGCAUAUCUGACGAAAGAGAAGGAGCACGGCAAGCUGAAUCCUCGACCGGGAAAGAUAAUCAUCUACAAUAAGCCUGGAUUCAGCGGCGAGCGGAUCGAGGUGCGUGGAGACGUUGUGGACGCCACGCCAUGGGAGUUUACUGACACUAUAUCAAUACGAGUUAUUAGAGGAGGUUGGGUGUUUUAUGAGAAGCCAGAUUUUAAAGGGGAGAAGAUCGCUCUGGAUGAGGGGGAGAUGGAGCUGACGGACCCUUUCAGACCAGCGGAAGAAGAAGAAGAGGCUGACCUGCAGAAUGGAGGAGAGAGCUAUGGAGAGAUGGUGAAUGAUGGAGAAGAGCAGCAGAAAAACAAACCACACAGGAAGAGGAAGUUCAGCAUCGGCUCCAUCCGGCGAGCAGUGCGGGAUUACAGCGUUCCUGAAAUCAGCCUCUUCCCUGAGGAAAUGCAGAAGGAAAGAAGGUGACAUUCAGAGACACAUCAGACGACGCCAGAAUAUUUGGCUUCCCCAUCAAAGCAAACUCCAUCAUCAUCAAUGCUGGACUGUGGCUGGUGUUUGCUGAACCCUUUUUCCAGGGUGUCCCGCGGGUCCUGGAAGUGGGUGGAUUCCCCAGCCCGUCCGCCUGGGGUGUCACACACCCGUAUGUGGGCUCGCUGCACCCGCUGAAAAUAGGGGAGCCCAGAGUAGAAAACCUGUAUGAGCCCAAACUGGUGCUGUACGAGAAGCCUUAUUUCACAGGUAAAAGCCGAGAGAUUUACAGCAGCAUGA